UUGUAAUAAUAAUGUGUUACUUCCACCCUUAUUUAAAUAUCCGCUCUCUCACUGAGUUUAUUAGGACGCAGUACAGUGUUACAUGCUUCCUCCUCUGCCCUCUGCAAUUUUACUCACUUCCAAGCUGGUAUCGAAAACACUUCUUAACUGUUACUGUCCAACCAUACAGGGUCUUGCACCAAGGUAAAACGGAAACAAAGACUUUAGGCAGCCUGUCUUUGGAAUCAAUAAUGAGUUUUGUCGGUUACCUGUCACUGGAAUGGAAGGGAGUGGCACGGUGAUAGCAGGUGUGGUGUUUGGGAUUGUCUUCCUCAUGGGAGUAAUUGCUGGCAUUGCUAUUUGCAUCUGUAUGUGCCUGAAUAAUGGUUGGAAUGCACGUGUGGGUGUGCUGCAAGGCUCACAUCUUGAUACGGUCAGUCGACACAAUGAUUCUUCUCCUCCACCUUACAGUCACAACCAAGAGAUGGAGUACACUGCAGAUCCACCCCCUCCUUAUACUCCCACACCUCCAGCUUCCCUGCAGUUUACCCUACCCCCACCUUACCCAGGAUGCUCAAGAAAAUAA